CGCUUCCCCCCCGCUCCCACCCCCGAGCCCCUUCAGCUCUGGCCCGGACAAGAACCGGACCGCUCCAACACGAGAAACAAGUACAACCCUGUGGCUGUAGCGGAGAUUUCAACAAAAGUCAAAGUUCCCAAGUUGCAGCGGGGGAAAGAGUGGCUGCAGGCAGCGGUGCAGUCGUUGCUCCCAGCCCGCAGGUUUUGGCCCCGUGGCGGGGCAGAGCGGCAGCAGCAGGCCGGCGGGGACGCGGAGCCCGGAGGAUGUGGAUCUGGUACCUCCUGCUCGGCUCGGGGUCAGGCUCGAGAACUGUUGAGAGCCAGCUGCUUCCUGGGAAUAACUUCACCACCGAGUGUAACAUCCCUGGAAACUUCAUGUGUGGAGAUGGGAAGUGUGUCCCGGGCGGCUGGCAGUGUGACGGCUUACCGGACUGCUUUGACAAGAGCGACGAGAAAGGCUGCCCUAAGGUGAAGUCAAAGUGUGCUCCCACCUUCUUCGCGUGCGCCAAUGGCGUCCACUGCAUCAUCGGGAGAUUCCGCUGCAACGGCUUCAGCGACUGUCCCGACGGCAGCGACGAGGAGAACUGCACAGGUAACCCCCUGGUGUGCUCGGAGGCUCGCUUCAAGUGUCGAAACGGACGCUGCGUAGACCGCAGCUUCCUGUGCAACGGCCAGGACAACUGCCAGGACAACAGCGACGAGGAGCUCUGCCUCACCACUGCAGCUUCACAACUCUUCUUCCUGUUUCCUCAGCCUCAAACUCCUGCCCAGGACUUUGUGACGCUGGACUACCGUCUGCGGCAUUACCCCAGCAUCACCUACGCCGUCAUCGGGAGCGCGUUCAUCUUUGUCCUGGUGGUGGCUUUGCUGGCUUUGGUGCUUCAUCACCAGAGGAAACGGAGCGUGUUGUUGCCCAGAGGUGUCAGAGCGAGCUCGCAUCACCACCACCACCACCAGCCCCUUCUGUUGUCCCGCCUGGUGAUCCUGGACCGGGGUCACGCCCACCCCGGAGGCCCGGGUCUGUCCCCGGGCUCCCCCGCCGCGCCGGGCCAGUACAGCUCCACUCCUCAAGCGCUGCAGUUGCUUUCUGAAAGCCUGUAUCACUCCUCACUCUCCAUGGAGUCGCCCCCAUCUUACUCAGAAGCUGUUCUGGAUGUCAGUCGGCCUCCUUGGUAUGAUCUCCCUCCUCCUCCUUACCUGCAAGAUGAGGCUGUCCCAUCAGGCGGAGAGCUUCCUCAAUACGACGGCCCCCGGGACCCUCCAAACCACCAAGCAGCUGCGCCCUCAACACCCAGAACUGUGGCUUCAGACCCGCAGCCGGGCUUCAGCCCUACAGAGGAGUCGGACCAGCUGUAGCCGCUCUCUCGUAGAGACCGUUACCAUGUAGAACUGAGAUACUGCUGCAGGACUCGAGCGUCAAGCUGCACGGCUGUGUGGAGCUACAGGACGGUUAAGGAGUUUCAACAAGGGUUGAAAGACUUAAAGCUGGCCAACAUGCACACGAGGCGGACAUCUGCAUCUCCUAGUGGACUGAGAUUGUGUGUUGGCUCCCUCUGCUGGCUGCAUGGAAGUAUUACACCGUAGUUCCCAAACCCCCUCCCUCUGAGGAACUGGUGUGUCUGAUACCUGUCAGUGAGCCUGCAGUUUUAGAGAAGGACCUGCACUCUUUAGCAUAUUCAAUAGCUUUUAGUCACUUUGGUGUAAGUCUGCAUAAUCUUCUCAUCACAUUUACAAGAUUUAUCUUGUUUAAAUUUCAAAUCACCCGGAGAUGAAAUGAAAUCACCAGUUUUGUGUCAGUGCUGCAGUGUUUGUAAUAAUUAAAUUAAACCACAGAGACAGCAGCAGCAGUGCUUUUCAUCUGUUGACAGUUGAUGAGAAAAUGAAUGAAUGAUGAGCCCAAACAAGCUGCACAUUCAGAAGUGUCUUCAAUAAGACUCUAAAUUAUAGAUAUUUGUAUGAGAUCAGUGGAGGUUGUUUCUUUUAUUCAAGGUUUUUUUCACCACAUUUGUUGGGGUCAUUGGGUUAUAUUUCACAUAAACAUGUAAGAGGGACCACUGAGACCAUAAAAUAAUGCAGAGUAGAUUUGUACCUUGACUUUCACAAAUCAUUCCUCUAAGCAGAAUAACUGCAGUGGCUCAAUCAAAAAUCUCUUUAUUGACCCCAAAGGGGCUCAUUUGUUUUACAGCUAGCAGUAAAAAACAAAAAAACUCAACAUUACACAGCACUAGACAAGACAAUCAAAAAAGACAUAUUUCUCAUCCCUCUGAAGACCUAAAAUACAAUUACAAAGGACUUGUGUUGAGGCCUUAAUCUGUGGUGGUGCCUUUGUACUGUAUGCCGUGUCUGUGGCAUAGCCAAGCCUUUUUAAAACCACAAUGAACAGCAGCCUGAGAGAGAUUCAAAAGUAGGCUUAUAAGCAACAUUAAGUAUAUUUUGUCUUUCAAAGUUCAAAUUAAUAUGUAUAGCUACACGUGUCAUUUAGAGAAAUCAUUCUUGAUAGUAGAAGAAAUGCAUAUCUGAAGGAUUGUGUGUCAGUGUGUUGAAUGUUGUACAUAGUAGACAGGGAAGCAAAUAAAUCUGUUUAAAGUAGAACACACUUUAAUUGUGUAACAGUAAAACAUAGUUAUUUGCAUCUUGAUUUUCUUCUGUAGGCAGCAGCAAUAUUUCAGGUACAAAAACUAUUAAAAAAAAAAAAAAAAAAAAA